UCCAUCCUCUUCCUUCAUCACAUUCCUACCAAUCCAUCAUCUGCCUUCAACGAGUCGUUAUCAAUUCCAGUACGAUAUUCGUUGCUGCCCACCUGCAGCAGCAACCACACCCUUCCAAUAUGCCGCCCGUACGCACCAGCUCCAUUCCUGCCACCAUCAAGCCGGUGAAGACAGAACGGACGCACGAGGAGAACCAGGAGAGAGCUUACAUCGCGGCCUCAAGGCGCAGUGACCGGAGCCUUGAAGCGCGUGUCGAAUCUGCCCGGAGAGCAUCCGACAUCCACAAGAAAAGAACCGGACGCGGUCUUCGUGUUACCGAGAAAGAUGUGAUGAACGAGGAAAUGUACGAAGAGGAGGACGAUAACCUCCCGGCACAGUACCGUCGCCUGACUGCUCAUCUUCAAACCCACUCCCUCGACUUCAACAGAAGGCUACAGGCCUAUAUCCAGUCCCAUGCCGGCACGAGGAACGCAAUGGCUGCUCACAAUGGAGCAUCCUUCGCAAAUGCCUUUCCUAUGCAGUUUCCAAACGCCGCUCAGAUCAAUUACCAGAUGAUGCAGCCCAUCGCCCCGCCUCAAGUCCUACCGCCACAAAUGUAUCAACAACAGCAACAGCAGCAACCACAGAACUAUCGGCACGCCCCGUAUCCCAUGCCACCAUCGAACACAUCAUUCCGCCCGAGUCCCCACCAUCGGUCAGCGUCUAUUGCAACUACACAGGAAGCCAGCUAUCAAUCUCAUUACCAGCCCACAGGUGGCCCUGAGACUCCCCGGCCAGAUGAGCUUCGUCGCAAUUCCAUGCCUCCCAAAGUCUUUUCCCCUGGCACAGAGACGGAUGAUCCAACACGACCAAACGCCUCGCGAACUUCGACGAACAUCCACAACCUGAAACUCUCUUCCACACCUGCCUUUAAUCCUACUCAGGAUGUCUCAACUCCGUCGUACGCCAACCUUCAGCAUGAAGCACAUAUGUCAGGCUCGCAGCAGAUGCCCUACAUGGGUGGAAUGCCUCCAGGAUUCAACCCUGCAUCGCAGCACAUCAAUAUGAACCCUUUUGAGCCUCUCUCAAUGGCUCUUCCCACAGAGUCCCAACAAUUUCUCGGCAAUGGCUUCGGCAUGGACCCAUACAGUGCAAUGCUCAUGAAUGGAAGCCAGCACCUGAGUCAGCCGUUCUACAGCUACAACCCGAAUCCAUCAUCCAAGUCAUCGCCCUCCGCUGCAGCCAACGCCGGCAUCAACCAGACCUUGGCGCCAUCUUACAAUGACUCGUCACAAACUUCAGCUGUGAACGAUCCUUAUUCAUCCACCGUCGUCAAGAAUGAGGCAGUUGAUACACCAUUCGAUGCCAACUACGGAUUUGGCCUCGACGGCAACUUCAGUGAGAAUCAAUCCACAAACAUGACCCGUGUCAACAGUGCUCAGGGUAGCGCGGGCGCAGUAACACCUGGCGAAUGGAACAGCUUCAUCGAGCAGAGUGCCUGGGAGACACCUUCGCAGUAGUACCACUCUAGUCUUGUCAGAAGCACUUGUCAUUUUUAUGCCAUCUUCCCACUUGAACAAACGAUAUCGGCUGUCAAGCCAAAUACAGUACUACGAUAUUAGUCUGUUGGCACCUGAAUGUU